ACUCAUUUUAUUGCACGAAUUCUUUCAUUGGCUAAUUGAAUAACGGUUCCCUAUUCUUCUUUCUUUCUUUUUCUUUUUUUUUAUUUUUUAUUUUUUUUAUUUUUAUCCACGGUUCCCUAUUCUUCUUUAGUUACGUAUAUAGCUUCUCUGAAGAUCAUAGGAUUAUGGGGGACUCUUCUGCCUCAUACAUACACAUGGUGCAUCACCUGAUUGAGACGUGUAUGACUUUCCACAUGACUAAAGAAGAGUGCAUGGAAACCCUUUCAAAACAUGCAAACAUCGCCCCUGUCAUCACCUCCACUGUGUGGAAUGAACUGGAGAAAGAAAACAAGGAAUUCUUUGAGGACUAUGCUAAAUCUCAGAGCAAAGCAGACUGUAUGUCGGCAGAAGAGACAACCAAGUUGAUCCAGAAGGUAAAAUCGGAUGCGUCAAAAGAUGCUGAUGACUAACAUGCCAUCUGAAAACGAUGGUUUCUGGUAGGAAGUUGAUCACCUCAAAAUUCUUUACAUCCAGCCAAACACAGUUAUAAAAGUCUGAUGUCACAAUGUAUGGUCUCGAAUCACCCUUCCAAUUCAUAUGGAUGAAGAAAUAUGAUAGACUAGGAUCCUGUUGAAGUUGAUGGAGUCCUACCCUUCUCAUGUACAAUAAUCACAUGUGUGUGUGUAUUCACACACAAAUAUAUAAAUAUAUAUAUAUAUAUAUAUAUAUAUAUAUAUAUAUAUAUAUAUUAUAAUAGAGUGACAGUCUAUCAAAGUUGAUGGAGCCGUGCCUUUUUUAUAUAUAUAAUAGUUUUAUUAUUUGUAGAUUUAACCCAUUGAAACAAAUCUACAUAAAGCAUGAGGAUAGAUAAAUUUCAGUUUUCACUUAGAAUAAAGUGAUUUAUUAUAUCUUUAUUUAUAAUGAGUGACAAAAUGUGUUUACAAAUUGGGAAAAUAUUAGUAUACACACCUUUUAAUCACUUCUUUAAGCUACGAUUUCAAUACAAUUCAAAAAUUAGUGUAAAAAUGUGUGUUCUAAGCACUACUCUUAUGAGGGUUCAUUUGAAUACUGCUUAUUUUGUUGAAAACUGAAAAUUGAAAAUACUGUGGUAAAAUAAUUUUUAAAUGUAUGAAUAGUGUCGUGAGACCUAUUUUUAAUGAAAGUUGGCAUAAAUGCACUUUUAGUCCCUAUAUUUUGCACUUUUUCCAUUUUGGUCCCCUACAUUUUCAUUUCACUACUUUUAAUCCCCAAACUAAUUAACGUCUGAUAUUUAAGUCCUUUCCGUCACCCAACUAACAGCAAAAGUUGACGUGGCUGACGAUGGAAUUAAAAUAUUAUUAAAAAUCCACUGUGGCACUCAUCACCCAUGCCACAUCAGAAUUUUAAAUAUUAAAAAAAAAGUCACGUUAGAAAAACAAUAAAAAUAAAAUUCUAAACUUGAUUUUAAAAAAAUAAAAUAAAAUAAAAUCUUCUUUUCUUUUUAUAAUAUUUUUGGAAGAUGUGUUCUUCACUAGAACAUGAUUGUUCAUGUUCUUUGUUGCCCAAAAAAUUUUAUUUUCUCAUUGUUAUUUAUUUACUUAUUUUCCCAUAUCUUCAUCUCUUUCAUCUCGAACUCUCUCUCAUAUCUCAAACUCACUCAAGCUGAAGACCCAAAACCUUUCUCCCUCUCUCUCUCUCAGAUUAGUCUCUCUAAGAUCAGUGGUUCUCUCUCUUAGAUCGGUGGGUGCUCUGGAUCAGUGGGUGGUUUUUGUCUCAAAUCGGUGAGACUUUCUCUAUUUCAUCUCUCUAUCUCUCAACUCAGUGGUGGAGAUUUCAGUGGAGAUAGGUGGUGGCACACUCCGAUGGUGGGUUUGUGGCUUAUAAUUUUUGUUGAUCUGGGUUUUCACCUUAGUCAAAUAUGGGUUGGUGAGGAGGGCUUAAGGUUCGAUCAAGGGGAUUUUCUGACAGAAAGAGUUUUAGGUGUGCUGGGUUAAUGGUUUUGUGGGUAUUUUGUUCAAAUUUGGGUGGGAGUUGUGUUUGAUUUUCUGGGUUUGUGCUCGUGUGUUCUGGGUUUGAUUUUCUUGUGUUCUUGUAUUUGAUUUUCUGAGUUUGUGCUUGAAAUUUCUGGGUUUGGUGUUGGUGAGGAUAGUUGUGGUCAGUUGGUUUCUUUAAAGAUUCUGGGUUUGUUGUUAGUGUGGAAUGUGGGUAGUUGUUGGUAGGUUAUUUCUGCCUUUUUAAGUGUUUGAUUUGUUGGGUUUGUGUUUUGAUGAUUGCUAGAUUUUAUGUCUCCAAAUUGGAUCUAAUUUUGUGUUUCUAAUCUGGAUUUGUGGGUUUCCAACUUGGAGAUUGGUGUUGACUUUGUGAACAAAGAGGACGCAGGUCUGUUGCUUUUGAUUGGUGUACGUUGGGUUCAAAUUUCUGGGUUCAAAUUUCUGUGUUCAAUUUCUAGGUUUGGUUUCUAGGUUCAAUUUCAGAUAUAUAGAUCUGUUGAUAUUGGUUGAUUAUUGUUUGAACUGAAUUUUGAAUUUUAAUAUGUUUGGUUGUAAAGAAAAACAAAGAAAAGAAAAUAAAACAAGGAUUAAUUUGCUAAGAACAUGAACAGUCACGUUUUGGGAAGAAGAACAUGAACAUGUCUUCCGAAAUAUUAAUGAAAAGAAUAGAAAAUUUUAUUUUAAUUAUUUUAUUUUAUUUUAUUUUUUAAAAUCAAGUUUAGAAUUUUAUUUUAAUUGUUUUUCUGACGUUACUUUUUUUAAUAUUUAAAAUUCUGACGUGGCAUGGGUGAUGAGUGCCAUAAUGGAUUUUUAAUAAUAUUUUAAUUCCACCGUUAGCCACGUCAGCUUUUGCUGUUAGUUGGGUGACGGAAAGAACCUAAAUGUCAGGCGUUAAUUGGUUUAAAGACUAAAAGUGGUGAAAUGAAAAUGUAGAGACCAAAAUAGAAAAAGUGCAAAAUAUAGAGACUAAAGGUGCAUUUACGCCAUGAAAGUUUUGUUGAAAAAAGAGGUUUGUGGAUCCCGUAAAUAAUGCAUGGGACCCAUUGGAACUCAGUUAACUCGCUUCUCAAAAAAAAAAAAAAAAAAAGAAAA